CUACCGUCGGUCUUCGUCUAUCAGUGUCGGCGGCAAACCGUGCUGAGCUGAGCAGCUUACAGAGAACGCCAACCUCGAACACGAGUUCUUUGCAUAACAAACAAUCGAGAAUUUUCGUAUCUCACAGCGAUCGGUCAAAUGAAAAUUUGAAGAUUAAAGUUGAUAGCUUUUUCUUUUAACUAGUUUGUGUUGAUAGAAUAUAUUUUACAAACAUGGCACAUCACUACGUUGUAACGGCUCACAAACCCACCGCUGUGACCGCCUGUGUAACCGGUAAUUUCACGUCACCUACCGAUCUCAAUCUUAUAUUGGCCAAAAAUAUGCGUCUCGAGAUUUAUCUCGUAACACCGGAGGGUCUGAGAGCUAUCAAAGAAGUCGGCAUUUAUGGAAAAAUUGCAGUUAUUAAAUUUUUCAGACCACAACAUGAGAAAAAAGACUUGCUUUUCUUGUUGACAACAAGGUACAAUGCCAUGAUAUUGGAAUGUACUGGCGAGGGAGAAAACAUUGAAAUUAUAACUAAAGCACAUGGAAAUGUUGCUGACAGAAUUGGUAAAGCAUCAGAAACAGGCAUUAAAGCAGUUAUUGAUCCAAAAGCAAGAGUUAUUGGUUUGAGGCUGUAUGAUGGUCUUUUUAAAAUUAUACCACUUGACAAAGAUAAUCCAGAACUCAAGGCCUCUUCCAUUCGAAUGGAUGAACAAAAUGUACAAGAUGUCAACUUCCUUCAUGGUUGCGCAAAUCCAACUUUAAUAUUAAUUCAUCAAGACAUAAAUGGAAGACAUGUAAAAACACAUGAAAUAUCAGUGAGAGACAAAGAGUUUGUAAAAAUUCCAUGGAGACAAGAUAAUGUUGAACGUGAGGCCAUGAUGGUUAUUCCAGUACCUUCACCAAUUGGAGGAGCAAUUAUUAUUGGACAAGAAAGUAUUUUGUAUCAUGAUGGUAACAUUUUUGUUUCUGUCAUUCCACCAAUUAUUAAGCAAAGUACCAUCACAUGCUAUGCCAAAGUAGACAAUCAAGGGCAACGUUACUUAUUGGGUGAUAUGGCUGGACGUUUAUUUAUGUUAUUCUUAGAGCAUGAUAAAAGAUCAGAUGGCACCCCUUAUGUAAAAGAUCUGAAAGUUGAAUUCCUUGGUGAAGUUAGUAUUCCAGAAUGUAUUACUUACUUGGACAAUGGUGUUAUUUUUAUUGGUAGUAGAUUGGGUGAUUCACAACUAGUGAAACUGAUCACUAAAGCAGAUGAUACCGGUUCUUACUGUGUUGUUAUGGAGUCAUUUACAAAUUUAGCUCCGAUUGUGGAUAUGGCGGUUGUAGAUCUUGAAAGACAAGGGCAAGGACAAAUUGUUACUUGCUCAGGUGCUUUCAAAGAAGGAUCUUUAAGAGUCAUAAGAAAUGGAAUUGGAAUUCAUGAACAUGCUUUAAUUGAAUUGCCAGGCAUAAAAGGAAUGUGGGCUCUAAAAGUUGCUAAUGAUACCUAUGACAAUACCAUAGUACUAUCAUUUGUUGGACAGACAAGAAUAUUAAUGCUGAAUGGAGAAGAACUAGAAGAAACUGAAAUAUCAGGCUUUGUUGCUGAUGAGCAAACUUUCUACACAGGUAAUGUCACCAAUACCUUGAUACUACAAGUAACACCAACAUCAGCUAGACUUAUUUCCACUGAAUUAAAAAGUGUUGUAUCUGAGUGGUCACCAGAAAACAAAAGAAGCAUAAGUGUUGUAGCCUGUAAUGGUGCACAAUUGCUGUGUGCUACUGGAAAAGAUUUAUAUUUUAUGGAAAUAUCUGAUAAUCAAAUAGUUUCUAAGGCUUCAACUGAACUCCAACAUGAAGUCGCAUGUCUUGAUAUUACCCCAUUAGAUGGUACAAACGAUGCCAAACUUGUAGCAGUUGGUUUAUGGACGGACAUAUCCGUUCGUGUAUUAACUUUGCCAAAUUUGGAAGAAAUAAAUAAAGAAUUACUUGGGGGAGAAAUUAUUCCCAGAUCAAUACUGAUGACGAAUUUCGAGGGAAGUACAUAUCUUUUGUGCGCUUUGGGUGAUGGUAGCAUGUACUAUUUCGUAUUGAAUCAGAAAAACGGAUUACUCAUGGACAAGAAAAAAGUUACUCUUGGCACUCAACCCACAGUUUUAAAAACAUUUAGAUCGCUUUCAACAACUAAUGUAUUUGCCUGCUCUGAUAGGCCAACAGUCAUAUAUAGUUCAAACCAUAAACUUGUGUUCAGCAAUGUAAAUAUGAAGGAAGUUAACCAUAUGUGCUCACUUAACGCAGAAUCAUAUCCUGACAGUUUGGCUCUUGCCACAAAUCUUGCAGUUUCCAUUGGCACAAUCGACGAAAUACAAAAAUUGCAUAUUAGAAAUGUGCCACUGGGAGAAUCACCUCGAAGAAUCGCUUAUCAAGAGAGCACUCAAACUUUUGGUGUUAUCACUAUGCGCAUUGAUGUUAUGGAACAAAAUGGUAUAAAUACAGUUCGUCAAUCAGCUUCAACGACGGUACAAUCAAUUUCCAACAGUACUCAGAAUAACUCUCACAAUAAGCCAGCCAAUACUGCCGCCGAUUGCGGGCAGGAAGUCGAAGUUCAUAAUUUGUUGAUCAUCGAUCAACAUACUUUUGAAGUUCUUCAUGCCCAUACUUUAAUGCCAACGGAAUAUGCCAUGUCUUUGAUUUCAACGAAGUUGGGAGAUGAUGCAACUCCAUACUUCGUUGUUGGUACAGCAUUGAUAAAUCCUGAUGAGUCCGAGCCAAAAAUGGGUCGAAUUUUAAUAUUCCAAUGGCAAGAUGGAAAACUCAAUCAAGUGGCUGAGAAAGAAAUAAAAGGUUCAUGUUAUUCGCUUGUGGAAUUCAAUGGAAAGCUUUUAGCAAGUAUCAACAGUACAGUUAGAUUGUUUGAAUGGACUGCUGAGAAAGAACUUAGAUUGGAAUGCAGCCACUUCAACAACAUUAUAGCUUUAUAUUUGAAAACAAAAGGUGAUUUUGUUCUCAUCGGAGAUCUUAUGCGCUCUGUAACAUUGUUACAAUACAAAACAAUGGAGGGAAGUUUCGAAGAAAUGGCAAGGGACUACAAUCCUAAUUGGAUGACGGCUAUCGAAAUUUUGGACGACGAUACUUUCUUGGGUGCCGAAAACUGUUUCAAUCUAUUUGUGUGUCAAAAAGACAGUGCGGCUACAUCAGAAGAAGAACGACAACAAAUGCAAGAAAUUGGUCAAUUCCAUUUAGGUGACAUGGUAAAUGUAUUCAGACAUGGAUCGUUGGUUAUGCAGCAUUUAGGAGAAUCCAGUACUCCAACCUCGGGUUGCGUUCUCUUCGGAACUGUUAGUGGAGCCAUUGGUUUAGUUACGCAAAUACCGACUUCAUUUUAUGAUUUCCUUAAAAGUCUUGAAGACAGAUUGACAAACGUCAUCAAAAGUGUAGGAAAAAUCGAACAUCACUUUUGGAGAAGUUUCAAUACAGACCUAAAAAUUGAAGCGUGCGAAGGAUUUGUCGACGGCGAUUUAAUUGAAAGCUUUUUGGAUUUGAAUCAUGAAAAAAUGACAGAAGUUAUCCAAGGUCUAACCAUCGACGAGGGUGGUGGUAUGAAAAAAGACGCAACUGUAGACGACAUUGUUAAAAUCGUCGAAGAUUUAACGAGGAUACACUAAAUAAACAUGAAUGAAGAAUUAUGAUGUCGUGCCUAACUGAGAAUUUUUCAAUUGCUGUAAGAGUAAUUGUGUGCAACUAUAUAAAAACUAUAUAGACAGCUCAUGUGAUGGUUGUAAAUAUGUGCUAGCCGAUGGUACAGACAUGCUGUACUUAUGAAUUUAAAAAUUGUUAAAAAUCAGAAUUCAAAAAGGGUAAGCAAACCUUUCGUCAAAAAUUACCACAAUUGGUGUGUUUAAAGUAAUUUAAUUUAUACAUAAUACUAAAUCUCUCCUUUUAUGGAGAAAUGACAUUUGUUUCCAUAAAUGAACAAACAUUUUAAUAUUUUGCUGAUGUAUUUAAUACAAUGAUUGUAUAAUGAUAUGAUAUCAUCAUAAACCAAUAUAGAUUUUCAAUAUAUAAUACUGAUAUUUUAA